GUUUCUUCAUCCCCUCCUUCCCUCGGUGCCGCUCUGGAGCUCCUCUCCUCUUCCUCAUGAGCUUCCUGGAUUGAUGAACCCCUGGGAAUUGCUGCCAAUCCUUGGGGAUCCGUUUUGGGGAGCGUUCCAGGAGCCAGCAGUGCUCCCCACCUCGUUUUCCAGGAGCUGGAUUCGCUGCCUGGGGGAUUUUUGGCUGGGUUCAGGCCGGGGGCGAUGGAAUCCCAGGAUGGUUGCACCUUGCAUGGCCACAGAGCAAGGAGCUCCUGGUGUUCCCCAAGCCUUGAUUAGCUUGGAAUUCCCUCAGCUCCUGCUGGAUCUGAUCCCAGAUCAGGAUCAAAACCCAGCCAGGAUCUCACCCUGGGGACAGCUGGGGUUUGAGGGGGCGACGGAUCCGCAGCGCUGAUGAAGAACCGCGAGUGAAGAAACAGGAACAGGAAGAGAAUCCCCAAAAAAACCCCAGAAUUGUUAUUCCAGAGGGAUGCCAGGAGCAGCUGCAGCCUCAGGCAGGAAGACGUUUAGAGGAUGGAAGUUGAGGAAGCAGCAGCAGCGAGGCAGGAAGGGCUGCUGGAGCUCUACGGCUCCUUCAGGGAGAUGUUUGAGUUUUUCUGCAAGAACACCACGAUCCACGGCACGGUGCGGCUGGUGAGCUCGGGCGGCACGCGGGGCAAGAGGGCGCUCUGGACGCUGCUGCUGCUGGCCAGCCUGGCCAUGCUCUACUGGCAGUUCGCCCUCAUGUUCAGCCAGUUCUGGGCCUACCCCGUGGUGCUCACCAUGUCCAUGCACUCCGAGCCCAAAAUGUUCCCGGCUGUCACCGUCUGCAACCUGGAUCCUUACAGGUUUGAGCCGGUCAGGGAACAUCUGGAGCAGCUGGACAGGAUGGCUGAGGAGUCCCUGAGCUUUCUGUAUGGCAGCAGCUUCUCCUCGGAGCGCAGGUUCCGCCGGAAGGAGCGGAGCGGGAACGGGAACGGGAAUGGCUCUGGAUUCCAGCUCAGCCACAACUUCUCCCUGGUCAGGGUGGUCGAGAUCAGGGCAGGGAGGAAACGUUCCAGCGUGGGGUUCCGACUGUGCAAUUCCACAGGUGGGAAUUGCUUCUACAAGAGCUAUUCCUCGGGCCUGGAUGCCAUCCUGGAGUGGUACAGGUUCCACUACAUGAACAUCAUGGCCCAGGUGCCCCUUGUCACAAACACUUCCCAGCACCAGCAGCACCUGCAGGACAUGAUUUACUCCUGCCAGUACGAUGGGGAGCCCUGCAGGCCCAGUGAUUUUGUUCACUUCCACCACCCAGCUUUUGGGAGCUGCUACACUUUUAACAGCAAGGGGACAGAUCCCUUCUGGACAGCCACAAAACCAGGAAUUCCUUAUGGGCUGUCCCUGCUGCUCAGGGCUCAGCAGAGGGCUCAGCUGCCCCUGCUGUCCCCCCUGGCCGGGCUGAGGGUGCUGAUCCACCGGCACAACCAGAGCCCCUUCCUGGAGCACGAGGGCUUCGACAUCCGCCCGGGCAUCGCCACCGCCAUCGCCAUCCGCCAGGACGAGGUGAAUCGCCUGGGUGGCAACUACGGCAAAUGCACCACGGACGGGAGAGACGUGGCCGUGGAGCUGCUCUACAACAGCUCCUACAGCCUGCAGGCCUGCCUGCACUCGUGUUUCCAGCAGCUGAUGCUGCGGCGCUGUGGCUGUGGUUAUUAUUAUUACCCGCUGCCCGCCGGGGCCCGGCACUGCGACUACGGCCGGCACCCAGGCUGGGGUCACUGCUUUUACCAGCUCUACUCCCGACUCCGGAAUCACCGCCUGAACUGCUUCGAGCAGUGCCCCAAACCCUGCAGGGAAUCCCUGUACAAGGUCUCAGCUGGCACAGCCAAGUGGCCCUCGGCAAAAUCCCAGGACUGGGUGCGCCAGGCCCUGAGGCACCAGAACGGGAUCAGCUCCAACAGCAGCAGGGCCAUUGCCAAGGUCUCCAUCUUCUACCAGCAGCUGAACUCGCAGGCCGUGCACGAGGCCCCGCUGCUCUCGGAGAACGUGCUGCUGUCCCGCAUGGGCAGCCAGUGGAGUCUCUGGUUCGGCUCCUCGGUGCUGUCGGUGCUGGAGGUGCUGGAGCUGCUCCUGGACUCGCUGCUGCUGUCGCUGCUGCUGUGCUGCCAGAGGCUGCGGGGGGGAAAGUCCUGGAUCCACAGCUGA